AUGGACGGUGCUGGGCAGGAACGUUCCCUGAGAGAGUUGCUAGAGGAGGUGCGGACGUUGCAGACCGCGAUGAACAAGACACUCACCGCUCUUUCGACCACGAACACGCAGAUUCGGUCCGAUAUCGAGGAGUUCAACGAAUUGUACGAGAACACGACGGUCAGUCGCACCACAAGGUAG